GGCCAAGUUUGGGUUUUUUUAUAUACCAUGGUCAUCUAAUAGGAUUUUUACAUUUUAUCACCUUGAGCGUUCUAUUUUGAAGACAAAGAAGGAAAGUUCUCGGCUUUUAUUAACAAAAAGAAUGCUGGGGACCCGAUAUAUAACACUGGCUGCCAUUUUUUGGAAGAUUUCCGGGGUCAUUUGUGGAACAUUUACGGUAUCUGUUGAGUGGUAUCCUGGGAAGUUCCAAACAUAUGAUUUCAAUCGGAGCAUCUCCGGAGAGUGCAUACUUUCCAUGAGGGAGGAUGUGGUUCGGUGCAUGCGCAAUCACAGAUUCCAGGAUAUUGAGGAUCAAUGGCGAUAUCAACCUCAGAAUAUAACUUAUAUCGCUGUGAAUUGUCUGAUGCAGGAAUACUUUACGUCUCCACGACAUGUCUGCUUGUGUAAGAAAGGAAGCAAAGCCGCAAGCGCCCAACAUUUCCGGCAAUUUGACGAGUUUUACUACUGUCAACUUCGGCAACUCUCAGAUAAAAUGUUCGCCUCUCUUCGUAAUCUGCAGGUUUUAGAUCUCUCCGAUAAUAUGAUUUCCCACAUAGAAGGGGAUGCCUUAAAAUCUGUGACGUCAUUGAAGUAUUUAGACCUGAGUCGGAAUCCAAUGGAAACACAGACGUUGGCGGCAGGAUUUUUGUGUGAUGCGUCGGGGCUUGAGAUUUUAGUGAUGCAGGGGACUCGUUUUCACGGUUUUCCACUCCAUAUUUUUGACUGCAAUGAAAACCUUGUGAAUCUAUCUUACAUUGACUUUAGUGAUAGCUUAAUGCAUUCUAUUCCACAUAAUGCUUUCAAAAACAUCCCGAAUAUUUUGUCCCUAAAUUUGACAUCAAACAAUAUAAAUAACAGUUUGAUUCAGCGGGACGCUUUUGUAGGUCUUACAAAACUAGUCUCUGUCGACUUUACCGAGAAUGACUUAACAUCCAUACCGGAGACACUCUGUGCGCAUGCACCGGAAAUUCGAUACUUACACAUGUGCGAAAACAGGUUACCAUCAUUUGAUUUUCAGGCCAUACAGUCAUGUAAAAGUUUAUUGUUUCUGGACUUGUCGCACAAUGACAUAAGGAAUUUAGUUGGAAGAAUAACAAGUUCAUCUCCUUUGAAAUCUCUUAGGAUAGCUAAGAAUUUCAUCACAGAUUUGCCGACAGAAGGUUUCCUCUACGAAGCCCGGAAUCUGACAAUGCUUGACCUAUCAAUGAACUCCAUUAAACACGUUUCCAAGAAGGCAUUUGACGGACUUUUGUCUUUGAGGAAGCUCGACCUCUCAGAUAACUUACUGAAAAAUUCAACUUUUCCACUGUUUUCGCAGCUUUCGGCAUUAGAGGAGUUAGAUAUCAGCGUAAAUUCCUUCAGGAAAAUACAAUCAGGAUUCUUCGAAGGAUUAAAAUCUUUGAAUGUUUUGAAUUUGUCCCGGAACGACUUGGAAGAUUUAGAAAGCAAUGCCUUUGACGGCCUGAAAAGUCUUACAAUUUUAGACCUGAGAAAUAAUAAGCUUUCCGACUUUGAAGACAAUGUUUUUUCAGUGUUAAAGAAUCUUAAAACACUUCUUCUCUCUCAGAAUAGAAUUAUUUCUUUUGAUCAAGUGAAAUUUCCAUCAUUUCUGGAAACCCUGAAUGCGGCCAACAAUAGACUGGAACAUUUUCCACCUUCUAUUUCAAAUACAAAUAUUAAAGAAGUGGUGUUGGAUAAUAAUGAAAUGACGUCAUUUUCAAUAUCACAAAGUUUGAACUUUUCGUCAAUAACCUCACUAUCUAUCUCUAACAAUCUUAUAAAUACAUUAAUUGAACAUUCUUUUAAAACUUUUACAAACCUAAAAUAUUUAAAUUUCUCAAGGAAUCGCCUCGCUCUCAAUUUAUCACGUGAUUAUUAUGACGGUGCUGAUUCGAUUAGUACGUUAGACCUAUCAGACAACAGGAUACAAAAUAUAAAUGGAAUGUUUUCAACAUUUGAAUCUCUGUCGAAACUUCGGAAUUUAUUUCUGUCUAAAAAUCCGAUAACUCGUGUUCAUAACCUGAUCCCUGAACUUCUAGAUAUGAAGGCCUUUACUGAGAUGAGCCUUGAGAAUAUUGAUCUCUCGUUCUGUAACAUUUCAUAUGUGUCUGUGGAGGCGUUUGAUGGUUUUCCCAACCUAAACUUAGUGGAUCUAACCGGAAAUGAACUAACCGUGAUAAAACCCUUCAAAACGUCCAAUCCAAACACGGUUUACAAUCUAACAAGGAACCCCUUUGAAUGUUCAUGCUCUAUGAGAUGGCUCACGGAAAGGGGUAUUAAAGUAGGAGACCAAUUUAUUUCAACCGAUAGUUAUCUCGUUGAUUUUUGUACCGUUUUUCCUAACAAUUACACUAUGAAGGUCCGAAAUGUAGCGAAGAUGGAUUACUUGUGUAAAACGCAAGAUGAAUGUCCUACGAAAUGUUUCUGCCUCGGAAUUUCAGAAACCAAUAAUACGACUCUAGCUAAGUGUUCUGACAUCACUUCCGUCCCUCCAGGAAUACCUCGGACUUCACUUCAACUGUUCCUUGACGGAAACUCCCUGCACAAUCUGAAUUUCACGAGUGAUGUUGAUGAUCACUUUCUCACAGAAGAGCUAUAUGUAAAUAAUAGCGACGUCAUGCUUUUAAUAAGGGACUUUUUCAGGCCAUUUCAAAAUCUCCGGAAGUUGGUUUUGUCGAACAAUAAAAUAAAGAAGCUACAGAACGAUGUCUUCUCUGACCUAAAAAAUCUGGAAGAAUUGCACAUCAGAAACAAUUCCUUAAAGGCAUUUAGAUCAAAGGCAUUACCUAUUUCCAACAAACUAAAGUUACUUGACAUAAGUUACAAUCAAAUAAAAUUCUUAGAUUCGGAGGUGCUUGAAUCAAUAUCAGAAAAGAGGCAUCUUAGGAGAAUUUUUAUCGGAAACAAUGCAUGGGUGUGUAAUUGCAGGAACCAAGCACUGCGAUAUUGGGUGGACGAGCACAGGAGCCGGAUUUUUGAUCGUGAAUCAAUCAAAUGUGAAAAUAAUCAGGAAAUGACUCAUGUCAGAUUUCAACGAUUUACUUGUGUCGCGGCAAAGCAAACAGUUACGUCAUCUUCCCAAAAAGGAAUAAUUGUGACGUCAGUAAUUCUCCUGUGCGUGGUAUUUCUAGGUUUUGUCUCUUGUUUUUACUUUCGACGUGACAUAAUAGCUGUUGUUGGAACUAAGUUUAACAUUAACUGCUUACAUCAUCAGUACGACCAGCUUAAGGUCUAUGAUGUGUUUCUUAUGUUUGAUUUCAAUGACCCGAAAGGAUGUGAUUGGUCAAACAAGGAAUUGUUACCAUGGUUAAAUAACACCGGAUAUAAGAUAACAACUUCCGACUCAACAGACCUGGCAAAGAGUCUUUUAGAGACCGAAAACACAAAAUUAAGAGACAGCAAAUGUGCAUUAUUUGUAGUGACAAAAUAUAUCUGUAACAAUCAGUAUUACUUGAACUGUUUCCGGUCCGCGGAAAAACAUGCGCGCGAAGAUCAUAGAUUCAAGUUGAUUAUUGUAAUUGUAGGGGACAUAGACCAUUCAAUUUUAGAGCCAGAAUUGCGAAAAACUUUAUCUACCGGAAAUUACAUCACAGCACGUUCUCGGUGUGUUUGGGAAAGACUUGCGUUUGAGUUGCCGAAGAGGCAGUUCUUACUGCAACCUUUUGCUCAUGAGAAUGAGGUGGAUGAAUCUGAGACAGCUGUUAUUGUAUACAGUGCUGCAGGUCCUGGUAGAUCGGAGGAACAAGAGACUGUGCAGAUAAAGUAAACCUAGUGUGAUGUGUCAAGUUCUAUGCAGUAUAAAGAGAGAGAGAGAGAGAGAGAGAGAGAGAGAGAGAGAGCACAAUGUAUUGUAAAAUGAAGGAAAGUUUGAUAUUUUUAUUUUUUGUGCAAGGUUUAAUUUAAUAUGCUAAAAAUGCAGGAGAGAGAGAGUGUGUACAAAUAUUUCCUUUACAAUUGUGUAUGAGGGAGAGAUAAGAGGGGGUAUUAUUCUAGUUAAUUUACAGAUUUGUUUACAUGUCGAAGAAUUAAAACUAAAAUUUCUGAUAUUAGAAUAUAGUAUAUGGAGGUCAGCGAUCUUUCCGUAUGUAUAAAGUUAUAAACAACCUUUUGACUGAGGAAAUAGUUCGCAACUUGAAAUAGUUUU